AUGUCGGUAAAAAUCUUACUUCUGUUUCAUCCAACCAUUGCAACUGAACCUGAAAGAAUAGAUGACACGAAAAACGUGCUUAGUAAUGAAUAUUCAAACGCACAAAUAACUCAGUACAUUAUUGAUCGUGUUGCUUUGGGACAGCAGACAUUAGAUGACGAUACAUAUGAUGUGAUAUACUAUUUGGCACCAAGAGAAGCAUCCAAAAACGAGUUCAACAAACAAUUGACAGAUUACUUGUACAAGGCAUUGAAAAAUGGUGGUAAAUUUACCGGUUUAAUUCCUGAUAACUCUACAAUUCUAGCAAUAACAACAGGUUUUCUAAUAUCGGAUGACGAGAAGUCCUGGUUGAAGCCGCAGACUGAGAAAUCCGCACCUGCAGUUGUAUCGUUGAGGAGAACAAAGAAAAAUGAAGACAAGGCCAAGACAUUUUUACCAAGUUUUAAGAGACUCGAUAUUUCGAAGGACGUUAAAACCCCAGCGCCUUCGUCACCUCCUACCUCCAUAUCAGAUAAUGAGGAGAAGGUUCUAAGUGUUGAGCAGAAGAAGGCCAAAUUGAAUUUUCUAUCUAACCUGACAAAUGAGGAUAAUGACAAUUAUGGUGAUGACGGGAAAGUUGAUGAAGAUAUCUUAGACGAUGAAGCUUUGGAAUUAGGGGAGAUUGGUAACGUUAUCACUGAGCCUGUUGAUUGUAAAACGACAGGAACUAAAAGAAGAAGAGCAUGUAAGGAUUGCACAUGUGGAUUAAAGGAAAUUGAAGAAGCGGAAGAACAAAGACAGAAAUCAAUUCAACGAUCCUUGUUGAGUAAAAUGGCGGCAUCUGCUAGUAAAGAAGCUGAAGAAAUUGAAAACAGAAUCAAGUUGCGUGAAAAGGAGGAAGGGGCAAGAUCCAAGGCAGAAUCGACAAAGAAAAAAACAAUUGUCAGGUUCACCGCUGACGAUAUGACUGAGAUUGAUUUCACAAUUGAAGGUAAGACUGGUGGAUGCAAUUCUUGCUCUUUAGGUGAUGCUUUCAGGUGUGAUUCAUGUCCCUUCCUUGGAUUGCCGGCCUUUAAACCAGGUCAAGUUGUAACUAUUGACAGUUUUGGAGAAGAUAUUUAA